AUGGAGUUAGAGCCCGCAGGGAAGGCAAGAAAAUUGGACAUUCAAGAGUUGGAGGAAAUUCGUAAUGAUGCCUAUGAGAAUGCUCGCAUUUAUAAAGACAAAACAAAGCUGUUUCAUGAUAAGAAAAUAGCUCAGAAGCAUUUUUCGGUAGGACAAAAAGUUUUGCUUCAUAACUCCGUAUUAAAGCUUUUCCCAGGUAAGCUUCAAUCAUGGUGGCAAGGACCUUUUAUUGUGACUAAAGUAUUGACGCAUGGCGCAGUUGAAAUAGAAAGUGAAGAAUCAGGAAAGCGGUUCAAAAUCAAUGGCCAACGGUUGAAGCAAGUUUACGAAAAUUUUCAGGCCCACAAGGUAACUGAAACGAAGAUAGGGAGAGACAACCCUGUAGCCAAACAGCAACUAGCAGAUCUCCUUGCAAUCAUACGCGAACAACAUUAA